AUGUUCAAUUCCAGCAAUACCCCAUCACCCAAGCCUAAAAGCCGCUUCUUUUCUAAUAUCCGCCGGUCCCUGCGAUCCAAUUCGCAACUUACCAGCGUACCCGAAUCAUUUUUCGAUCCACCCAAAACGCUUUUCAGCAAGGCUGCCGAAUCGCCCAGUCAUGCUGGUACCAGCUCAUCCUACGCGACAAGCGCGAGCUCGAGCAAUCUAUCGUCACCUGCAUCGAACACUCCUUCGAGGCAGCUGAGUCCAGCCCAACGCCGGCAUGCAUCAUCUUUUACCAAGAUUACUUUCAGCUCGGCCGAGUUCCUCGAGGACCGCUAUUUAUAUGCGCAGAGCCCCGAAAAACUGUGUCUAUCCCACGAAUUAUUGUCGGAUGAAUCCCUUCCGGAGGAUGGCUUGGAUCGCACGCGUUUCUUCGCCGCACGGACCACCAGAGAGGCCUUUGUAGGCAAAGCGAGCAUGCGGACCGAUGAAAACUCGCCUAAAGCCCAAAGCCAACCGAACUUGACGAGGAAACAAGUAUAUUUCGCGAUGUUCGAAGAUUUCAAAGAGCCUGUGGACUUGUUGCCAGAGUUUGUCUACGAGGAUCCUUCCAGCCCAACCACAUCUUCCAAAGCUGGCUCGUCAAAUGCUGCGGGUAGUCGGAGUGAAAAUUCGUCAUAUUUUCAAAACCAGUUUCUGCAAUCUUCGGGGGCAAUUGAUCACGACCCCAUUUACUCCGAAUCCUAUCCCUCAGACAUGGGUCUCAAUGAUUCCCCCACACUUGGUUAUCAUUCCGAAUUCCCUAGCCCCUCGAGCUACUCCUCACCCCCAGCAAACAAUCCGGAAGGUGUACAAAACACUCGAACAAGGCGAACCCGCAUCGUUGACCCAGGAAGCUUGUCGAUACCAUGCGAUUUUGAUUACCUGAGUUCCAUCCUCGACACACCGCCGCCGAUCCCACAGGAGACGUUUGCGGACAGUCCGGUUGGCAUGGCUUACUGA